AUGCUUGACCACUGACCAGAGUCAAUCUUUAAAAAAAUGAAAUAGAUUUAAAUUAAUGUUGCACGGAUUUUGUCUAACAAAGUACAGUGACAAUGGGGGAUGUUAUUCUGGACCGUAUUACCAUGACAACAGAUGACAAGGAGGGACUUGUGGAUCUAGAUGAGGAUGAAAGUAACAAAUCUAAGAGAGAUUGCUACAAGGUGCUAGCUGUCAUCAGUACCAUAUGGAUGUUCACUUUCACAGCCUAUUCGGGACUACAGAAUCUUGAAAGUAGUUUAAACCCGGAAGUUGGGACAUAUUCGUUGGCGGCUUUGACAGGGGGAGGUCUUGUGUCAUGUCUGCUGGCGCCUGCCAUCCUAAACUACAUCGGUCCAAAGGGGGCACUCCUAAUAUCAUGGGUAUGCCUGUGUGUUUUUAUAGGGGGGAACUACUACCCCAAAAACUACAUUUUGAUUCCGGCUGCGGCUAUUGAGGGAUUAUCAACUGGUAUUAUGUGGACUGCUCAGGGUAUUUAUGUUGCAAAUGCCGCAAUGCAGUUUUCUGAAAUAACUGGAGAGUCGUUCGAUAGUGUACUUAGUAGGUUUUUUGGAAUAUUUUGCAUGGCAUUUCAGAGUACACAGAUCUGGGGAAAUCUCAUCUCGUCUGCCGUUCUUCAGUACGGCCAUAAACAACCUCCACUGCCCAAUAUCACUUUAGUGUGUGGAGCUGAAGAGUGUCCAACAAAUAUGUCCAUACCAGCUCUACCAGAGACUACAAUAAUAUAUAUCCUUAUCAGUAUUUAUAUGGGACUAACCAUCAUUGGCCUGUUCAUUACAUUAUUUUUCCUUAGGCCACUGAAGAAGAAAACGAACCAGGAAAGUAUAGGCAAGUUACUGUUGUCGACUGUUAAGCUGCUCGGUACGGACAUGAAUAUGGCGUUGUUAGUACCCUUCAGUCUCUACACUGGUUUGGAACAGGUGGUUAUGUACGCCGAGUACACAAAGUCGUUCGUGGCCUGUCGACUCGGAGUGGAGUGGGUAGGAUACACAAUGAUAUGUUUUGGAGUAUUCAACACGAUAGGUUCCCCCCUGAGCGGAACCUUAGCCAAGUACGUCGGUCGGGGCUCGUUGCUAUUGGUUGCCUUCCUACUGAACCUUGGCGUCCUGGCGGGCCUCAGAUUCUGGGCGGUUCCGGAUCAGCCUUCCAUCAAACAAACUAUACUGUUUUUUGUGUUUCCUGGAAUAUGGGGGCUGGCGGAUUCCAUUUGGCAAACUCAAAGUGCAACUCUUGUAGGUGUCGCCUUCAAAGACAAACAGGAACCAGCGUUCGCUAACUUGCGACUGUUUCAGGCCAUGGGUUUCACAGUGGCCUAUUUGUACAGUAUACACCUUUGCGAGUACAUCAAACUGUACCUUGCUGCUGGCUUUGUCACACUGUCCGUGGUGUUGGUUGCUGUGGUCGAGAUCCGGUUGCGCAAACAGGCCAGCAGCUACGACAUCCAGAUGAAAUCGCCAGGUUACUGAUAACCAGAGGGACGCCGUCUCAAACUCGUCAAAAAGACACCAGGCAUUAAUUUUCUAAUGUAUGACACUAAUGGGUAUCUCACUAUUCUACUACCAAGCUCCAUGUCAUUUACCUCGGCGUAUAUGGCAAUAACGGUCACCUAACGACUUCCAAUGUCUAUCACAUUACCGGACAACCAUGGUCUCCUCACGCAUCAUUGAAAUCCAUGACAUUACCUAAUUAGGUAUGGCAAAAAUAGUUAUUGUACCAGAACCACGAUAUUUACCUGAAGUAUGAAAAUAAUGUCUAGCUCUCAAGCAAACUCAAGCUUGGUGUUGGAGAUGUGUGCGUGUAUGACGGACCUACUGUGUCAUAAACAUAUUUAUGUGAUAGUAGGUCCAUUGAAAUAAUAACAUUUGGGGAAUGAAAUACCACACUCAAUUUAAUCAGUAUGCAAUUUAUCUACAUAUCGCAUUGAGACAAUUCUCGGUUGCAGAAAAACAGGACACUGAAGGUUGUAUACAGACGUAGUAAGGCCUGGACAAUGAAGGUUGUAGACAGUCGUGGGUCGUAGUUUGGAAAAGAUAAUGAAGACUGUAGACGGUCGUAGUUUGGUUUGAGCAAUGAAGACUGUGGGCAGUCGUUGGUUGCAGCUGACCUGGACAAUGAAGGUGGUGCAGUCGUAGUCUGGCCUGAGCAUUGGAGGUUGUAGACGGUCGUAACUAUGCCUGGUUAAUAAAGUAUGUAAACAGUCAUAGUUUGAUAUGGACAACAAAAGUUAAAAACAGUCGUAGUUUUGCCUGGACAAUGAAAGUUGUAGACAGUCGUAGAUUCGGCUGGACAAUGAAGUCUGCAAAAACACGUAGUUUGUCCUGGACAAUGAAGGUUGUAGACAGUCGUAGUUUGACAUGGACAAUGAAGGGUAGGUAGCCAGUCGUAGUUUGACCUGGACAAUGAAGGUUGUAGAUAGUCGUAGUUUGACCUGGACAAUGAAGGUUGUAGAUAGUCGUAGUUUGACCUGGACAAUGAAGGGUAGGUAGCCAGUCGUAGUUUGACCUGGACAAUGAAGGUUGUAGACAGUCGUAGUUUGACCUGGACAAUGAAGGUUGUAAACAGUCGUAGUUUGACCUGGACAAUGAAGGUUGUAGACAGUCGUAGUUUGACCUGGACAAUGAAAGUUGUAGACAGUCGUAGUUUGACCUGGACAAUGAAGGUUGUAGAUAGUCGUAGUUUGACCUGGACAAUGAAGGGUAGGUAGCCAGUCGUAGUUUGACCUGGACAAUGAAGGUUGUAGACAGUCGUAGUUUGACAUGGACAAUGAAGGGUAGGUAGCCAGUCGUAGUUUGACCUGGACAAUGAAGGUUGUAGAUAGUCGUAGUUUGACCUGGACAAUGAAGGUUGUAGAUAGUCGUAGUUUGACCUGGACAAUGAAGGGUAGGUAGCCAGUCGUAGUUUGACCUGGACAAUGAAGGUUGUAGACAGUCGUAGUUUGACCUGGACAAUGAAGGGUAGGUAGCCAGU